UAUAUAUUUUAAUACUAUACACAAUACUAUGCACAAUAAGAAAUAAUCAUGAUCGUUGCGUUUUACAUUAUACAUACUUAUAAAUAUAUCAAAAGUUUAUUGCUUUGAGAGUAGGAGAGAAGGUAGAUGUAGGAUAGAUAACAGAUACAGAUAUGAAGAUGGCAUAGGAUAUUAAUAAUCAUAAAAAUUAUACAGUCAACUCUCCACAACUCGAUGUUCUAUAACUCGAUAUUUUCUAUAACUCGAUGGAUUUUUCGGUCCCUUCAUUUCUUCAUAUAUCACACUCUCCAUAAGUCGAUAUUCCUAUAAGUCGAUGCCUCCUUUGGUCGAUGGCACUCGCGGUGUUAUUUUGUUUCCAUGACUCGAUGUGCGGUUGACAUGUUCUUCCUGUGAUAUGGAAAAAAAUCAUUUUCCAUCCAGAAGUUGUCGGAAGCGGCUCGCUAGCAAUGGAAGUUUUUGAGAAAAGGAAGUUGAAUACGUUAACUCUUGCCCAGAGGGUGGAAAUCAAAAACCGAGCUGAGCAAGGAAUGAAGGUCACGGAAAUCAGCAAGACGUACAAGAUUCCGCAAAGUACAGUUUCAACGAUUAUUCGAAAAAAGGACAAAUGGAUGAACAAAGCAGAAUUGCAAGGAAAUCCUUUGUCGAAACGGGACAAGCCGUUGCUGAAUGAAAAGUUGGAGCAAUCAGUGGUAAUCUUCGUCCGUCAAGCUAGAGAGAAUCGCAUCCCGUUAUCUGGCUCUAUAAUUCGCGAGAAAGCAUGCCAGUUCGCAAAAGCAUUAGGAGUACAGAAAUUCAAGGGCAGCAGCGGUUGGUUGGUGAAGUUUUUGAAGCGCCAAAAAAUAUCAUUCAAGAAAUUAUGUGGAGAAAGCGCCAGUGUGGAUACCGUUAUGACUGACGACUGGAAGGUGAAUAUGUUACCAAAGAUCAUUGAGGACUAUGACCCACGGGACAUAUUUAAUGCGGACGAAACCGGCUUGUUUUAUAAGUGCCUCCCUGAUAAAACUUUUGCUCUGCAAGACGAAUCAUGCCACGGAGGAAAGUAUAGCAAGCAGAGACUAACAGUUAUGUGCGCAACAAACAUGGACGGAAGCGAAAAGCUGCCCUUGUUUGUCAUCGGGAAGAGCAUGAAACCACGCUGCUUCAAGAACGUGAGAUCCCUGCCAGUAGUGUACAGAGGUAUUUUUGUUUUGUCACGAUAAUUUAACAGUUGCUAAUUCUACACUUUGUAGGUAAUAAAAAGGCCUGGAUGACGUCGUUGCUGUUUGAGGAGUGGGUAAAGGAGCUCGACAAGCAAUUCUAUGCAGAAAAUCGGAAAAUCCUUCUUUUCAUCGAUAAUUGUACAGCUCACCCUAAGUCAGUUCAAGACAAAUUGAAAGCAAUUCAGCUCUGUUACUUCCCCCCAAAUGCAACAUCAGUACUGCAGCCGUUGGACCUUGGAAUUAUUAAAACGUUGAAGCACUAUUAUAGAUACGCACUUGUUAAACAACGGAUAGAGAAUAUGGAAAAUGGAGAGACGAUGAAAGAGGUAACUGUAUUGGACGCUAUAAAUCUUCUAGCAAAGGUGUGGUCUGUCAAGGUUUCGGCACAAACGAUCGAACAUUGCUUCCGAAAGGCGGGAUUUGAAUUACUUGGAGACGACGACAUCCCUCUUGCCGAACUCAUGCGUCGCGAAAUUAUUCAAAAUCAACAGGCCGCUUUGCUAGCGGAAAACGAUGUUUUCCCGGUAGAUCCUGAAGUAUCGUUUACGGAAUACUGCGACGUGGACGCAAAAAUAAUUUGUUGUGAACUUAUGACAGACGAAGAUAUAAUCGAAUGCGUAAACUCUAUUGAUGAGGAACCAGAUGAGGAUGUCGAAAUGAUGCACAUUGCUGAAGCAGAAUGCGAACCCGUUCAGAUUACAGCAAACACAGUUGAUUGGAGCCUAAAAUCAUUGCGGAACAUUCUUGAUUCGACAGACGGGGUGUAUCCGGAGCUUUUUAACAACUUCUAUAAAAUUGAAAACUUUUUGAGAGACAAAUAUGCAUCAGAUUCAAGUUUUAGAUUUACAAGUAACGGCAUCGAUAAGUAAUUGGAUUUUUCACUAGAAAUAAGCCCACGUAGAAUUAAUAAAUGUAUUGAAAUAGUAAUAAUAAUUGGUUUUUGAUACGUCUUGCUGACCGACAAAACAGGUGAAAUAUCAUUUCACAUUUCAAUAUCCAAAUUUAUCAUUGUGGAAGCUAUUUCUGCAUAAUUUAAAUAAUGUAUAUGCUAGAAAUGUAAAAAAACAACUUAAAUGUAAGAUUUUGGUAUAAAUUGAAACAAAAAAUAGUAUGAUGCCAACUACGCCUACAUUAUCCUCAUAUUCUAUAACUCGAUAAUUCUAUAAGUCGAUGGUCCCUUGGAUAUCGAGUUGUGGAGAGUUGACUGUAUUUGUUAAAUGUGAUGGCACGUUUUGCAUCAGUGUACACUUCGAUAGGAGGAUUCUGAAAACACCAUGUUGAAUCUGAGGAUGCGUAGAGAGCUGGAGAGCAAGAAAGAAGAGAGGUCGGAGAAGAGAAAGGAAAAUAAAAAAAGAAAGAAAAGAUGAUAGUGAUGGAUAGAUUUCGGCUUGGA